AUGAAGUUGACGAAUCCAGGAACAGUUCCGGUAUACACCGUCGCAGGGCCUUCGACUGCCCGGCCGCUUCCAGACUGGCUCGCCCGCCGGAGAAAGAGGUCAUCAAAGUAUGACGCCGAAAAUUUGAACAAUUUUGAGCUGUUGCAAGAAUUCGAGUUCGAGGAAGCAAGCAAUUGCGUCCGGGUUAGCGAGGAUGGGAAUUGGAUCAUGAGCACAGGGACAUACAAACCCCAGUUCCAUGUCCAUUCAACACAGGAACUAUCGCUCUCCUUCUCGCGUCAUACAAAGUCAGAAAACUCGACAUUUCUUCUUCUCGGAUCCGACUACACGAAGAGUUUACAUCUGCAAAACGACCGAUCGUUAGAGUUUCACACACCGAUGGGAUGCCAUUACGAAGUAAGGCUUCCGCGAUUUGGUCGAGACCUCGCCUACUUGCGCCAGAACACCGAAGUUCUCAUCCCCUCAGUUGGGCUAAGCGCCGAUGGGUCUGGGUUCGGAGAGGUCUUUCGAUUGGAUUUAGAAAGGGGGCAGUUCCUCCGCCCGUGGCAGAUUGACGUUGGAGAAGACGCUUCAAAUAGCGGCUUGCAAGGAAGCAUACACGUAGGUGCCGUCAACGUAGCGGCAGUGGCAGAGAAGACUCACGGUCUCUGCGCGUUCGGCACGACCGUGGGCACAGUUGAGUUCUACGACCCGCGCAGCAAAGGGAGAGCAGCAGUCCUUGGCGGCCACGAUGGUGAAGUCACGGCGUUGGAUUACAGUGAAGAUGGUUUGUCGAUUGCCCUCGGUACUAGCACCGGCCAGAUCAGGGUAUUCGAUCUUCGAAACCCCCGCCCACUCAUGAAGAAGGAUCAGGGAAUGGGCCUUCCGGUCAAAACUCUGAUCCACUUGAAGACACCGACCGAGGAGCGCAAGCUUCUCUCAGCCGACAAGCGGAUCAUCAAGAUUUGGGAUGAGCAUAGUGGAGAUCUCUGGACGUCAGUCGAGCCACUAGUUGACCUCAACCACGUCACACAUAUCCCAGAUUCGGGUAUGAUCCUGACAGCAAACGAGGGCAAACAUAUGCACUGCUUUUUCAUCCCCAACCUGGGUCUUGCCCCGAACUGGUGCCAUUUCCUGGACAACCUGGUUCACGAAAUGGAGAACGAGACACAAUCCGAGACCUACGACAACUACAAGUUUCUUACCAAGCCCGAGCUCAAGUCACUCAGCCUGGACCACCUUGUUGGGAAGACAAACCUCCUUCGGCCGUACAUGCACGGUUACUUUGUUGCUGCUAAGCUGUACGAUCAGGCCCGCCUCAUUGCGAAUCCGUACAUCUGGGAAGAGGAACGAGCCAAGCGAGUCAAGGAGAAGGUCGAGAAAGAGCGUUCCAGUCGCAUCAGAGGGAUCAAGAAGGUCAAGGUCAACCAGAAAUUGGCCGACAAGAUUCUACAGCGGCAGGAGAAGCGGGCCAAGGUGGACACCGAGGCCGGCGUCCUGGGCGACUCACGUUUCGGCAAGAUCUUCGAGGACGAGGAGUUCAAGGUCGACGAAACAAGCUACGAGUUCAGGGCCCUCAACCCAAGCACGAAGGUGGAAGGCGCCCCCGAACAAAACAACACUCGCUUUGCGGCAAAUUCAAGCGACGAAGAGAGCGAUUCAGAAGACGAGGUCGAAAGACAACCAAAAAAGCCAAAGGACGACGUGGUCAUGCAAGUAUCAUCCUCGACGGCUCGCGGUGGCAAGAUCAGGGAUACCGCGUUUGGCUCGAGAGCGCAAAAGGGGACCCGCGCUGCGAAGGACCGGACAGGCGAGGUGGUGGGAGAGCAACAAGUUACAUUCGUACCCGAAUCCAAGAAGAGAGGCAAGCCACAGCCAGUAGCACCGACGACAACAAAACGCCGGGAAGACAGAAGAAGCGCAAGUACCAACACCUUCCGCCGAUUGUAA